AUGUCGUACCUUCAGAAUCAGCUCAAAAGCUUCAACGCUAGUGUCGUGGAGUCGGCAAACCGCAUGCCCACGCAGCGACGUGUGGCCAGUAACCAACCAGUCUCUGGCAGCAGUUCCCAGGUCCCAUCGUCCGCACCGACCCCAUCUUCCUCUAGCGAGAUCAAAAAGAAACGUCAUGACCCGGACAUCGUCUACUCUCAGCCGGCCAACACAGGCACGGGCAAAGAUAUUAUGACGCAAGUGCUGUUUGCGAUCGAGCACAUGAAGAACAAGAACAUUCCGCUGAAGUUCUCGGAUAUCAUUUCAUACCUCUCACUGCAGCAUCGUGCCCAUGACCGAGGCUACGUGCAGGCUCUUCGGAGCAUUCUGCAGAUGCACGAGAAAGUUGAGUUUGAUCCAACCGGCGCGAACGGCGAGGGUACAUUCAGGUUCCGCCCACCUCACAACAUUCGCAAUUCGGAGCAACUCCUGAAAUACCUCCAAACACAGACUACUGCGGCGGGUAUGAGUGUUCGCGAACUUAGGGAGGGCUGGCCAAACGUCGAAGAGGAAAUCAACCAGAUGGAGAAGGAGGGAAAACUGCUUGUGACUCGAAACAAGAAGGAUGACCAUCCCAAGAUGGUGUGGCCUAACGACCCGUCCCUAAUUGAACACUUUGAUGAUGAGUUCAAGCAGAUUUGGGACAAGAUCAAAGUUCCUGAUGUCAAGGUAGUGAAGGAAGAAUUGGACAAGUUUGGCAUCACGCCUACCAACAAGAACAAGGUGCUUGGUCCCCGGGUCAUUGCACCAUCUAAGAAGGCCAAGAAGCCACGCCGAAGUGGCAAGACCACCAACACUCAUAUGACGAGCAUUCUCAGGGACUACUCGCAUCUUAAACGGUAA